AUGGCCGACACACACGAGGUGGACCUAGACUCUGUCAUCGAUCGACUGCUAGAAGUCCGAGGUAGCAGACCGGGGAAACAAGUCCAGCUGCUGGAAGCUGAGAUUCGCUAUCUAUGUACAAAGGCUCGGGAGAUCUUCAUCUCCCAGCCCAUAUUGCUCGAGCUGGAAGCUCCCAUCAAGAUCUGUGGCGAUAUCCAUGGCCAGUACUACGAUCUCCUCAGACUCUUUGAGUACGGCGGCUUUCCUCCUGAAGCAAACUACCUGUUUCUCGGCGACUACGUAGAUCGAGGCAAACAAUCUCUCGAAACCAUCUGCCUUCUGUUGGCAUACAAGAUCAAAUACCCAGAGAAUUUCUUCAUUCUUCGAGGAAACCACGAAUGUGCCUCCAUCAACCGAAUCUACGGCUUCUACGAUGAGUGCAAGCGACGAUAUAAUAUCAAGUUGUGGAAGACCUUCACCGAUUGCUUCAAUUGCUUGCCAAUUGCCGCCAUCAUUGAUGAGAAGAUCUUCACCAUGCACGGAGGUUUGAGCCCUGAUCUGAACUCGAUGGAACAGAUUCGCCGCGUCAUGCGUCCCACAGAUAUUCCUGAUUGCGGUCUCCUCUGCGACUUGUUGUGGUCCGACCCUGACAAAGACAUCACUGGUUGGAGUGAGAAUGAUCGUGGUGUCUCAUUCACCUUUGGACCAGACGUGGUCUCUCGAUUCCUUCAGAAACACGACAUGGACUUGAUUUGCCGUGCUCAUCAAGUGGUGGAAGAUGGUUACGAAUUCUUCUCCAAACGACAACUCGUCACCCUGUUUAGUGCACCGAAUUACUGUGGCGAGUUCGACAACGCUGGUGCAAUGAUGAGCGUGGACGAGAGCUUGUUGUGCUCAUUCCAGAUUCUUAAGCCAGCUGAGAAGAAACAAAAGUACGUUUACAGCUCAAAGAGCUCGAGCACUCCGCCUCGCAAAUCCAAAAAUUAG